AUGGCGAUGUUCAUCACGAUGCUGAAACACAAAUGGAUGUACUCUUUCAAGGAUCCCACCGAGUCCUUCGAAGGUCGAAAUGUCAUUGUCACAGGAGCCACCAACGGCGUCGGCCUGGAAGCCGCUGUCAAGUUUGUCAACCUAGGUGCUUCCAAGGUCGUCAUAGCCGCACGAGAUGUCGGCAGGGGCGAAAGGGUGAAAAGUGAUAUAGAAGCUCGAACAGGCAAAAAAGGACAGCUGGAAGUUUGGGAAUUGGACAUGGACUCAUAUGAGAGUGUCGUCGCGUUUGCCGAACGAGCCAAAACACUGGACCAUCUCGACAUCGUCUUACUGAAUGCCGGCGUACGCCGAAACCCCUUCGUUCAGUCGAAGCAUGGCUGGGAGAAUGAUCUGCAAGUCAAUACUCUUUCAACUGCUCUCCUCGCCAUACUACUCCUGCCGAAGCUGAAGGAAUCGAAGCAACACACCGGGAAGACUCCGGUUCUCGAAUUCACAAACUCCGGCCUCCACCAGUUUGCGAAAAUUGCGCCUGACGCGCUUCAGAGCCCCAAUAUCAUUCAAGCGUACAACACAAAGGAACGAUUCACGGCAGACAGCCAAUACAGAGUCUCAAAGCUGUUCGUCAUGUACGUUGCCAAUAAGCUUGCCGAAGAAACACCUUCCUCGGAUGUCAUCGUAGUGUCGGUAUGUCCGGGCGUGGUCAAGACUGGCCUGGCCCGGGAUAUCAAGUUUCCCGGUUCCAAGGCCGCGAUAGCCGUAAUCGGCUCUAUGGUGAUGAAAUCCGCAGAGGAGGGAGCAAGGACCUUGGUCAGUGGAACUACACUAGGCGAGAAGGCACACGGGAGGUUUUGGAAGCUGGACGAAAUCCAGCCAGUGGCAGCUACAAUCGCAGGGGAGGAGAACAAGAGGAUUGCGGAGCGAGUUUGGAAUGAGAUUGUCGAGGCAUUGGAGAAGGAUGUGCCGAGCGUGAAGGAUACGCUCAAGAUGAUCAAGCGUCUUGAAGGUCGAGGCUGGAUGCCCGUGCCUCGUUUCCGUCCGAAGGCUCGAUCUCACGGCACCUCCUCCCUCCUCCGCUACCUCUUCCCGCACACCAGGCAGCGGGCACGCGCGCACCUCUACAAGUUCCGUCACGAGAAACUCCCCUCGCUCAAACAUCGCGCACAAUCGAGAAUAUACAAGUACAUUCUUAACAGGCAAGCACAGAAGCUCAAGGGGAAGCAAGGUAUCCUACAGCGACUUCGUGGACACACCAGGAGACUGCUAGGCUCUAAUUACCUCGAAAAUGAGGCAUAUCGGCGACGUCGGCAGUUGACCAGCACGGAAGGACAGAAGAAAUCAGAUAAGAGCACGAUGAGUUACCAGGAAAGCUACACAGCGCGCGAACCUGGCGCUCGGAGGCGCAAGUUGGCAGGAUAUCUGAAAGCCGCCAAUGACCUGAGGCAGACGUACCAGCAGCAGUAUGCGCCGGGAUGGAGCAAGGGGGGAGCUUCGUAUGAUUUCCAUGCUGAUACCCAAGAUCCAACGGAGACAUCUAUUAUUAGGAAUGGGGACGAAGAGAUGAUACUGUUCCCGAGCUAUGCUAGAAAACAUAUUAGGAGAAAGCCCGAGGCGGAACCCGGAACGAUACAACAAGUCCCAGGGGAGGGUCGCGAUGCAAGAGACACAACCGGCGCAGGAGACGCAGAGUUUUGGAGACAGCGUUGGGACGAGUACGAGGACGAUAAUGCCAUAGUAGAUGUGGACGUUCGAGGCUGGGUAUACUCGCCGCACAAAGGACAAAUGUCACGGAAGCAAAGACUAUUCAUUAGUCUGGCACGUCAACUGGUUGGGAUACAAGCGCCUCCAGCUGGAAGUUUGCCUGCGAGCUCAUCGCCAAGCCCAGUCAGCAGCAGAGACCCAAGCCCCAGGCAAGGAGCUUCUGGGGAGUGGCGACAUCCGCGUCGAGCGGACAGGUAUGAGAUUCUCACAGCCAAGGAAGCGGAAAGAAUCUACAGAAGGGGAGAAAGAGAGGCCGAGAGGGCCGCCCAAGGUGCUUAUAGCGAGACACCUGGUACGGGCUCUGACGGUACCUCUGUGCACCGUACGCACAGCAGUGCUAGUCUUCGUACAGAGCACUCGGAUAUGGCGACACCGAUGAGGAAGAAGGCGUCUUGGAAUCAACCUGCAGACAUGAGCCCCGCUGAACUCGCCGAGGCAAAUGCCCGUCUCAUGGCUCGACUUCGACAUUUCUUAGCUAUACCAAUGGCAAACUCUCCCAUCAGCAUAUUCUUCUAUAACGACAAGGUCUCGAAGCAACGGACAGUAUACACGAAUCCUUCAGGGCACUUCGGCAUCUGCGCCGCGCUGGACUUUAUACCGACGCAUGUGCGCGUUCUCGCUUCCGACAAGCUCUCUGCGACAGAGGAGAUCCUUGUAACCGAGUCUCAUGGUGUGAGUGUGAUCAGCGAUAUUGACGACACCAUCAAGCAUUCGGCAAUCAGCAGUGGUGCCAGAGAGAUCUUUCGCAACGCAUUCAUUCGGGACCUUGGCGAUCUCACCAUCCAGGGAGUCAAGGAGUGGUACAACAGGAUGGCAGCACUGGGGGUGAAGUUUCACUACGUCUCCAACUCCCCAUGGCAAUUGUUCCCAGUCCUCUCGAAGUAUUUCAGAAUGGCAGGGCUUCCUCCAGGAUCUUUUCACCUAAAACAAUACAGUGGGAUGCUUCAGGGCAUUUUCGAACCCGUUGCUGAGCGCAAGAAGGGAACGUUGGACAAGAUCGCACGAGAUUUCCCUGAAAGACGUUUCAUUCUUAUUGGCGACAGCGGGGAAGCAGACUUAGAAGUUUACACGGACUUCGUGUUGGAGAAUCCCGGGCGAGUCAUUGCGGUUUUCAUUCGCGAUAUAACGACUGCGGAAGAAACGGGCUUUUUCGAUCCCUCUGUCGGCCCUACAGGAUAUGUCUCGUCAUCCGCGCCCGCCAAAGAGAGUUCAGGUAAUUCUAGCGGACUUACUUCCGCGGCAAGUCAUCUGGAAGACGACGAUCCGCAGUUACAGGCGGCUAUACAGGCCUCGCUCCGUGACAUGGAGGAGGUCAACUUGAGGCGGUCGACGCUCAAGUUUCCCUCAAAUGAGGACGAUCAUCCGCAGUUGAGGCCAAAACUACCUCCAAGAACAACCUCGGAGGAUAAGAGUUCCCUAGCAGUGGGAAACCUAAUAGACUUGUCGCCAGGGGAGGAACCGGCCAACGUGCAAGAGAAAGGCCGACGCGCCGUUAGCGAUACUUUGGUAGAACUAGAGAGUCGGGGUCCCAAAGCAUCACCUAAAGAAGCACCUCCGCCUCCAAAGAAACCUUUGUCUCUUCGUAGUGGAUCUGGCGACUCUGCAUCGCCUCCUUUACCUUCAUCAUCGUCGGCUUGCAGAGCCCCUCCGCCACCCAAACCUCGCCGGCCUUCAACAGCAGUACACCAACCUAGCCCUCUAGCUCAACGGCCCUCUACGCAAGCCUCCAACCCGAAUUCGACCGCUUCAUCCGCCACGCCUACCCAACCCACCUACACCAGCAAAGCCCUCAGUGGGCUCACCACAGUAUACAACAACCUACCGGCAAUCCGCAGCACUAAUGCUCCCACACAAGAAAACCAAAACUCCGCCGCUUCAAGUCUACAAGUCGAUCCCCCCACCAAAAAACCAGCACCCCCUCCUCCGCCCCCAAGAAGAGGUGUAACCGCAUACCCGGCAGCGGCCGCUUCCUUCGUCGGUACCAAAGCCGCCAGUGCAUGGCAGAAUGCACCCACCAUCCCGCAUCCUCUAUCUCGCUCUACCCUGUAUCCUUCCUCUACACAACAUGCCAGCACUUUCUCCACAACUGCAUCGGGGCAACAACGCAGUGAUGGAGAUGGUCCAGGUAGCGCUGGAUUCGGAAGCGGAAAUGGCAAUAUAGGAACGGAUUAUGCGGCCUAUGCGCAGGCCGGAAUGAGUAAAAGGGAGAUUAUGUGGAGGCACAGGUGGGCGAGGGCUGAGCAGGUGAUGGGUGAGAAGGGAGUGAAGCUGCGGAGUUGGAGGGUGGGGAGUGACGUUGUAGAUGAGGCGGAGAGGUUGAUUAAGGAGGCAGCGAAAAGCGACAGUGAGACAGGGGAGCGGGUUGACAAGGGACGUGAGGACACUGGCGAUGGUGCCGGGUCCCGGAAUGAAACGAGGAAUGGGAAUAAGGAAACAUAG